AUGGCAGAGCAACCCUGCGAUGGAAAUACUGUCAACAGAAAAUCGAAGAACAAAAGUAAUUUCGAUAACCACACAAUGAUGAAUUCCGCUGAAAAUCCCUUCAAAUGCAAAAUUUGUGAUAAACCCUUUAGGAACAAACGGUAUUUGUCAGUUCAUAGUGCACUUCACAAGCCGAAAAUACCUGGUGAAUGCAAUAUUUGUGGAAAAACCUUCCGGGACAAACGGAAUUUGUAUAACCACAGAACAGUGCACAGCCCAGACAAACCGUUCAAAUGCGAUGUUUGUAAUAAAUCCUUCAGGAACAAACGGUAUCUGACAGUUCAUAGUGCAGUACACAAUCCGGAUCUGAUGGUCGAAUGCGAUAUUUGCAAUAAAACCUUUGGGAACAUACGCUAUUUGAGACUCCAUAUUCUGGUUCACAAGCCUGGUAAACCAUUCGAAUGCGGUAUCUGUAGUAAAACCUAUCGGAAAAAACGGUAUUUGAGAACCCAUCUCAAACUGCACAAGUCUGACAAGCCGUUUGAAUGCGGUCUUUGUCUUCAAAAAUUUAGGCUGAAAGGAAAUUUGGCGAAACAUAGUCUAGUGCACACAGGCCAAAAACCGUACCAGUGUGAUAUUUGCCAUGUGAAGUUCCAGUCAAAGGGUAAUUCAACAUGUCAUAUCGAUCAUUACUCUGAUGUUUGCAUCGAACAACCCCAAUCAAGCGAUUCCUUGAAAUCACAUAUUAAACAGGAUACUGAUGAAAAACUAUUCAAGUGCGAUCAUUGUGAUAGAACUUUUCGGGACAAAAGAAAUUUGAAGAAUCACAGUACAUUGCACGUGGCCAAUAAACCAUAUGAAUGCGGCAUUUGCAACAAAAGUUUCGGGCAGAAGAGUUUUAUGCUGAAACAUAGUUUAGUGCACACCAGCAUAAAAGCAUUCGAGUGUGACAUGUGUCACAGAAGAUUCCAGAGCAAAAGUAAUUUAACCACCCAUAUUAUGCUGCAUUCUGCUGAGAAGCUCUUUCAAUGCUAUAUGUGCGGCAUGAAGUUCAAGACUAAAAGUAGCUUGAAAAUGCACAUCAUGUUGCACAUUGAUAGGAAACCAUCGAAAUGCGAUUUUUGCGAUGAGGUUUUCCAGACCCAAUGGGAUUUGAAAGUCCAUGGGGAAAGUCACGGGGCCGGUGAACCAUUCGAGUGCGAUAUUUGCAAAAGGAAAUUUCGGCUGAAAAGUAAUUUGAAGAACCAUAUUUCAGUUCACACCGGCAAGAAACCGUUCGAGUGUGACAUUUGUCACCAAAGAUUUCGUUCCAAAGGUAAGCUGACCACCCAUAACGUUUUGCACUAUGAUGACCAGCCAUUUCAAUGCGAUAUUUGCAGCCAAAAAUUCCGAACUAAAGGUGCAUUGAAAGUUCAUAUUAUUAAGCACACUGGUAAAAUAACAUGCAAAUGCGAUGUUUGUGGUAGAAUUUUCCGGAACGAACGGAAUUUGAAAAAUCACAGAAAAGUGCACAUUGAAAAAAAAUCAUUCAGAUGUGAAUUUUGCCCGAAGCGAUAUACUUGGCAGCAAACGUUACGGAAACAUAUGGCUCUUCAUAUUGAGGAGAAGCGUAACAUCAACACUAACGAAAUUUCUCCAGAUGUUGAAGAGUUUGAUGAAUAUUUCGAAUGUGCUACAUGCCAUGAAAAAUUCCAAAGCAAACUUGAUGUAAGCGAGCACUGUAGACUGCACAUUAAAGGAGAACCUGAAAGAGGAUCAGAUAAUGAAGAUGUAGAUAUGGAACAAGAAUUUUCUGAUAUCGGCCUGUUAGUCGAAGAAGAUUGCAAUUUCAAUAUUAUCGAGAACAAAUAUGAGAUGAAAUCCGAAUGUGAUGAAAAACUUCCAUUAGACAGUGGGGUGGAACACGUGGUUAGUAAGGAAGAAAACAAAAUGAGUAUUUGUCAUUCUGUUGAGCCAAUGGCAGGUCCUAUCGACGAUAUUGUUCUGAAAGAAGAAAUGAAAAUCGAGAUUGAAUAUAAUGAAAUUUCAUGA